ACUCGUAUUCACGAUGAACUGCACCGGAAGAACUACAUUACCCACAGCAAGACGCCUUCCUCUAAAGCACACAUGCGCAGUCGGUCGUUCUACUCUGGACAGCUGUAGGAGAAAAUGGCAGCAUUCAUGCUAGGACAGCAGGCACGCCAGUUCAGCACGUCUGUGAUCAGACCUGCAGCCAAACUGGUUAAGCCUCCCAUCCAGGUGUAUGGGGUGGAGGGCCGUUAUGCCACUGCUCUGUUCUCAGCUGCCAGUAAGCAGAACAAACUGGACCAAGUGGAGCAGGAGCUGGGAAAAGUGUCUGCCCUGAUCAAGGACCCUAAAAUGAACAGUGUUGUAAUGAAUCCUCAUGUGAAGCGCAGCCUCAAGCAGAAGACCUUCAACGAUGCUCUCACAAAGGCCAAGGUUUCACCCAUCACUGUCAACCUCAUCAAUGUUUUGGCUGACAAUGGUCGUCUUACUUUGACUGGGGAUGUUAUUAACGCUUUCAGCAAGAUGAUGAGUGCACACCGUGGAGAGGUGAUCUGCUCCGUCACUACUGCGCAGCCUUUGGAUGAAGCUAAUCUCUCCGAGCUGAAAGUGGCUCUUAAAGGCUUUCUUCAGAAGGGUGAGACUAUCAAGCUGGAAACAAAGUCGGAUCCUUCCAUCCUGGGGGGCAUGAUCGUCAGCAUCGGAGACAAGUAUGUGGACAUGUCCACCAAAACAAAGAUCCAGAAGCUGACCAAGCUCAUCAGGGAAACUUAAGUCCUGUGGACUUAAUUUUGCAAAGACGACCAUUGGCGAAGGAGAAACUUUGAAAAUUGUAGAUUGUGACCUGUUCCAGCACUGUUGUUGCCCUAUAAAUCCAGUGUUUGUGCUUAAAAUGUUAAUAAAAACUAAAAAAAAUUGA